UCAAAUCCAUCAAACAACAAUACAGGCCCAUCCCAUCAAGAUCCACCCUGCGAGCUAUCCAGCCCGCCAACCGCAUCAUACCAGAAACCAAAUCCAUCCCGUCAACUAUCCACCUCUUUCAUCCACAAAAAAAUGGCCCUCCGAAGGCUCCUUCCCAACUUCUCCCGCCAAAACCUCAACAAGACCCCCACCGUCCUCGACCACCGCCGCCACUCCGCCAUCCAAGGCACCGUCACCACAAAAUGGACACCAAGGCCCUCUCGCCUCAACCCCCUCGUCGGCCCCAGCCCCCAAAUCUGCACCUCAUUGAUCGACGGGCCGUUCCUGGUUCCCGGAUGCGACCUCUACGGCGUGCCGUACGCCCAACAAAACUCAACCACCGGCGACGAUGACGGAAAGCAACGACCACUCACAGCCGCCAUCACACCACGUUACGAUGCCCCCAAUCCCCGGGCAUCAUCAAUGAACCUCAUCACUGCCACCGCUACAGAGGAAACCACCGCAGUGCUUGCAGCCACGCCCUGGCCGUACCGUCUUCCUCUGGGCUUGAGGCCGGUGCCGGGUACGAGGUUCGCUCAACAGUUCGGUAGCCAAGACAAGGUCCGCCUGGGAACCGUCGAGCGGGAACUGAGGAAGGUGGCGUGGUGGCAGUACGUGCUUUACGGCGUUCCAGAGGAGAAAUCAACCAUCGCCGAGGCACGAGAUGUUAGCGAAGGGGAAGUUGUGCUCACAGGGACGGUGGAGAGUGAAGCGAUCGAAGUUAAGAAGAUGGAGAAGUAG